UGUGGGGCGUUAUGGACGGCCGCGUGGCCCUGCUGCGGUACCUGCCACUGCAUACCCGAUACUUGGUAGCCCUGGUUGCGAAAAGGAUAGCUUUGCCCUUCGGCAGCUGUGUCGUAUGUCUGGUUGCCUGGCGCCGUCGGUCACUGCUCCACUCUGACGGGAUGAAGAUGUUGGCAAGACCGCAGCCCAAAGCACAUCUGAUCACGUCAAAAAAAAAAAAGAGAAUGAAGGAAAGAGAAUCGACAUGGUGGAGCUGUGCACUUAAGCAAAUAACCUAAGGGAAAUAAAACGAAGCUGCCCGGAAGCCAAGCCUCCAGCGAGCUUCACAGGGAGAAGUUCGACCCCAUUACUAGCGGACCAAAGGCAAGGAAGAGGAAGAAGAAAGCUCGCAGUGGUCAAUCGUCGCUUAUUAUUGUCCCGAACGACCCGCGUUUGAAGCGUUCAACCUUGUGCACGUGUUUAACCUGUCACAAAAUCAAGUAGUAUCCAGAGUGGCCUGCUGUCGGAUACGACUCGAUCGCUAGCUGACAUCAACGAAGUGCGACUCGUGCAAAGCGUCAUGGGACGAAAGAGGAAGCGUUCCAGGCGCCGGAGCAAGUCCGGCUCUCGCCGCACGAGACGCUCAGCGGCGUCCCAGGAGCCAUUGCCGGGUCUGCCGUCCCAAGAUACGCAGGCUCUGUCGUCUUCGAACCAGACGCGAGUGCCGUCGCCGCCGGACCAGUUACAGGAGGCGCCCGCCGCUGACGAAACGCAGGUGAAGUGGGCGCGCGAACCGGUGCACGUGCCGUCGUCGCCGGACCAAUCGCAAGCCCUGUCGUCCGUGGAGCAGCCGAACAGAGAUAGCAAGUGUUCCAAGUCUUCCAAAGCUUCCAAGGCAUCCAGGGCAUCUCACGGCGUCUCCUGGGGUGAAGCGCGCGAAACCGACGUGCAAUCGGAAGACGCAGACGUAUCGCCGGAUCCCGCAACAUCACGUCCGUUGUGGGACAGCGCCGCGCCCGGAGAGACCGAUUCGGAGCGUCCCACCAAAGAGAUCGACAAAGACGUGGAGCGUCGACUCGUGGCGAUGUUCAAGCGGCAGCUCAAGACGUUCCUGUUCCCGCCGAUGAGACGACAGGGCUUCGUAUUCCCCCUAGACCACGACGACAAAAGCAUUCUCGACGGUCGGUCCAUUCGAGAGGAGCGCCACUUCCCGUGGAUGAUACACCCCAAGACCACUUUCAGGAACGCGUGGGACUUGUGCAUGCUGGUGAUGAGCUUCGCCAGCCUUAUCCUCGUGCCUCUGAACGUGGCCUACUUUGAGCCCGUGCAGGAGGAGCGAGUCGAAUGGCGCAUCUUCAACAUCGCCUCCGACCUGCUCUUCUUCGCUGACGUUAUCUUCAACUUCAGAACAGGCGUGCACAUGAAGGAAGAUCACGGCCGCAUCAACAUGGAUCCGGAAUACGUCGCAGUACAGUACCGGCGGGGCUGGUUCUAUGUGGACUCGUUCUGCUGCCUGCCGCUGGACUACACCGCCAUGGUUGUGCUGCGCACGGGCGACGCGGCCAACGACCCGUCCACUACGUCAGCGUACCCCAGCAUCCUGCGUAUCAACAAGCUGCUGGCACUGCCCAAGAUCGGGCGGCUGACCACCAUAAUCAGGAACAUAGCCGACGUUGAGGAAAACUUCUUCGUGUACUCCAAGGGGGUCUACGUGCGCCUGCUGUUCCACUUGGGCCUGGUCUUCCUGCUCAUCCACUGGCACGGUUGCCUGCAGUACUACGUGGACCGCCUGGAGGGGUUCCCCACUAACUCCUGGGUUGCGCGACUCGAGCUCGUGAAUGCGUCGUGGCCGGUCCUCUACUCGUGGUCGGUGUACGGCUCGAGUUCCAUGAUGCUGGGCGUCGGCAUGGGCGCCAUCGAGGCGGACAUCACCAUGGACUCAUGGCUGCGCUGCGGCUGCAUGGCGACGGGCCACGCCCUGCAGGCCCUGCUGGUCGGCGCGUGCAUUGACAUGAUCACCUCCAUGAACUUCACAGGUCUCAGGAACAGGCAAAAGAUACGCGACCUGGACGACUACAUGCAGUACAAGAUGCUGCCGCUGAACCUGCGGCGCCGUAUUCGUGACUACGCCGAGAACCGCUUCAAGGGGCGCGUCUUCGACGAAGGCCAGAUCAUCCAGUCGCUGUCGGAUCCCCUUCGCGAGCGCGUGAUGUGGCACAACUGCCGGCGGAUCCUGCGCAACGUGCCGUUCUUCGCGCGGGCCGAGCCGGACUUCCUGCGCGACCUGGUGGCGAGCAUGAAGAUCGAGUUCUUCAUCCCCAACGAAGUGGUGGCCGCCGCGGGGACCAUGGGCGACCGGCUCUACCUGCUGCAGUCCGGCAGCGCGCACGUCGUCGACUCGGCGGGCAUCACCGUGGCCGCGGUCAUGCCCGGCGACCGGUUCGGCGAGGUGUGCCUCCUGCACGACACGCUGCGGCUGCGGACGGUGAUCGCCGAUCGCUACUGCCACUUCUUCUCGUUGACGCGCGCCGACUUCAACGAGGUGCUGGCGCGCCACCCGGACGUGCACGCCAUCGUGGACGAGAUCCUGACCGAGCGCAGUGUGCGGCUCAGCCCGCAGGCGUCGCCCGAUGCCAGCGAAGACAUCGCGAGCGUGUAGGUGGCGCCACGCGCCGCUGCGUUGCGGGGGAUUCUUCGAGAGCCCGACGACCCGAAGCCAAUCGACUUCCAUGAAAUUUUUUUACGUAUUAUGUAUUUAUCUUUAUUUAUUUACCGUCAAGGCCAAAAACAUUACAGAGGGGUGUGGGAAAGAGCUACAAUCAUAAAGAGAACAGCAAGAAACAGGCAUGCACUUGAGCAAUGGUGGUUAGUACCUCGCGAGAACGUUUGUUAUGAAUUAUGGAUGCGAUGUCAGCAGGAAGGUGGUUCCACUCGAUUGCUGUGCGUGGCAGAAAAAGACAGAUUGAGAAAAUGUUCUCGUUUUGUAAAAUGGAAUACGUAUGCCUUAUGGCGAUGAUCAAUGCGAUGGAACGCAUACUGCGGUGAUAGAAUAAGUUUGUCGUGAGAAACGGCAUGGUAGCUUUCGACGCGCUGCUAGAGACGGACUGAGAGAAAGGCUGACUUUCAUUGCUGUUAUGCAAGCAGUGCGAUUGUAGUUAGAGGCAAUGAAGCGAGCCGAGUUAUCUUGAACAAGUUCCAAGGCAGUGAUUAAAAAAAUAUGAAUAGAAGGGGUCCAAGGACGGACCCUAGACGAGAUGCCACCCGACAAUUUCUUGGUACAUGACAUGA